AAUAAGAAAGACAAAAAAAAUUUAUUUAUGAAAAUUCAUUGAUGUGUUGUCUAUAAGUUUUUGAAUUAAUAAAAAAAAAUUUAAAUAACAAAACAAAACAAUGCGAUCGAAUAUUGUUAUUUCAAUACUGAAAAUUGUGGUUACCAUCUAUACAGCCAUAACUUUACCAUUUUAUUUUAUUUGUCAAAAACCAUGGAAAAAAGUACAAGCAUCAACUUCGUUUCAGGUUGAACAGACCAAAGAUAAAUAUGGCCGAAUAAUUUAUUCACGUAAACAGAAAAAACAACCGGAUAGUCAUCUUUUCAAUUAUCGAACCUAUUCGGAAGCAUUAAAAAAUUUAAGUCGUGAUUUAAUUAAAGUUGGUCGUAGAGAUAUUGUUAAUGAAGAAUUACAAUAUGAUGAAAAUGGAAAACCAAUCAUGUUUAAUGGUCGAAUGUUGUCGAAAAUCACAUUAACCGAUUAUCAAUGGGUAACAAGAGGUAAGAUUUUAGAUCGUGCUGAUUCAAUUGCUCGUGGUCUUCAACAACUUGGUGUUCAACAAAAUGAAAAGGUUAUGAUCUAUGCUGAAACAAGUCUUGAAUGGUUUUUGGUUGCUUUAGCUUUGCAUCGUUUGUCAUCAAUUACAACAACACUUUUCUCUACAUUAAGUGAUUCCGGUAUUGUACAUGGUUUAAAUCAAAGUGAAUCAUAUUAUCUGGUCAUUGAUGAAUCAUUAUUGACAAAAAUUGAUAAACUUCAAGAUGAAAUUAAAUUUAUUAAACAAAUCAUCUACAUUUCUAAUCAUCCUGCAUCGUAUAAAAGUCGAGAUACUGAAGUACAACGGGCUAAAAAUCAAUUAGCCAAUAAAUAUGCGGUAUCAUCAUUGAAUGAAGUUGAAAAGAUUGGCGAUCUAAUUGAACAUUAUGAAUUUCCGGUAGCUAAUCCAAAUGAUGUGAUGAUGAUUAUGUACACAUCGGGAACAACUGGUGAUCCAAAAGGUGUAAUUAUAACACAUGAAAAUUUCUAUACCAGUGUUUUGAAUCUAUGGGGUAGAGAUUUAGAACAACCGAUUUCAUUAUCACGAUCCGAUUUACCAGUAUUCUUACCGAUGGCUCAUAUAUUUGGCUAUUCCACUAUUCUGACAUUUUUUCUAAGUGAUGGCCGUAUGGGAUUUUCAUCACCAUUUACAUUGCUCAAUUCUUCACCAUCGCAUGUUACCGGGCAAGUUGGUGAUAUAAAUUUGAUUAAACCGGAUCUAUUUCCGGCUGUUCCAUUGGUGCUUGAAAAACUUGUCAGUGAAAUUUAUCGAAAAUUGAAUGCACGUUCACCAUUGGCUGUAGAAAUUUUCGAUUAUCUUAUGGAUUAUAAAAUUCAAUGGAGAUCAAAAGGUUUCGAUACACCAAUCAUUAAUCGAUUGAUUUGUCAAAAAAUUAAUCAAGAAUUUGGUGGCCGAUUACAAGCACUUUUGGUAACUGGUGCUGCAUUCAGUGAACGUACUCAUGCAUUAACAACCGUAGCAUUGAAUCUUGUUUGCAUCUAUAACAUGUAUGGAAGUACAGAAACUACAUGUCCAAUGGCUAUCAUGAUGAUUGAUGAUCUUAGCUAUGGUCGUACCGGUGUACCAUUGAAUGAUUUCAAAUAUUAUCUUGAUGAUUGGCAUGAAGGUGGAUAUACCACUAAAGAUGAACCUAAUCCAAGAGGUGAAAUUGUUGUCGGUGGUCCUACCGUUGCUUUGGGUUAUUAUAAUAAACCCGAAGAAACGGAAAAAGAUUUCUACACCGAUGAUGAAGGAUGUCGUUGGUUCUUUACCGGUGAUAUUGGUGAAGUUUUUCCCGAUGGAUCAUUAAAAAUUAUUGAUCGAAAAAAAGAUUUAGUCAAAUUGGCUAAUGGUGAAUAUAUUUCAUUAGGAAAGAUUGAAACAGGUUUACGUUCAUCAGAUUAUGUGGAAAAUAUAUGUGUUGUAACCGAACCAUUUUGUAGCGAAAUAAUUGCCUUAAUAAUGCCUAAUCGUUUAGCAUUGUUGGAACUUGCAACCAAAUUAAAUUUGAAACAUGAUUUUCAACAAUUAUGUGAUGAUCAAAUGAUUAAUGAUGAAAUAUGGCGAUCCAUACAACAAAAAUGUCAACAACUUGGAUUCAAAAAACGUGAAUGUCCAGCUAAAAUUAUUUUGGUCAAAGAAGAAUGGACACAGGCUAAUAAUAUGUUGACAGCUGCAUCGAAAAUGCGUCGUAAAACAGUUGUUGAUUUCUAUAAGAAUACCAUUGAAUCUACAUUCCGUAAUCUUUGAAUCGAAAACGAAAAAAAAAAUUAUUUAUUAUCUUUAUUAUCAUAAAUGUGUGUUAUGUGUCUUAUUGUAAACUUAGAAUCUUAGAUUUCACUUU